CUAGAAAUUGACAUUUUGUGAUUUAUAUUAAGUGAAAUUUGAUACAUAUGUAUAAAAUUAUAUUCUUAUGAGCAUCAUUUCGAAGAUACUGGCUCAUUAUUAGAAGAAAUUUAGUAAAAAUUAAUUCAUAGAAGAUUUAAGAAAUCAAUAUCUUUAAUUUGAUUAGUAACAUCAGAGACAAAUUUGAGUACCAGGAAAAAAUCAUGGAUACCGAAAAUAUAUUUCUUUUUGUGCCUAAUUUAAUUGGAUAUGGCCGAGUGAUUUUAGCUAUUAUUUCCUUUUAUUUUAUGCCCACAAACUAUGUAGUUGCCUGUUGGUGUUAUAUUAUCAGUGGAUUACUAGAUGCAGUUGAUGGACAUGCUGCUCGAUAUUUUAAUCAAAGUACUAAGUUUGGAGCAAUUUUGGAUCAGUUGACUGACCGAUGUGGAACUAUGUGUCUAUUAGUAACUCUAAGUUACUUUUAUCCAAAAUACAUGUUUUUGUUCCAGCUUUCCAUUUGCAUUGAUAUAGCUUGCCACUGGAUAUAUUUACAUUCGUCUUUACUACAAGGAAAAGUGUCUCAUAAAUUCAUUGACAUGUCUGAGAACCCUAUAAUGCAUUUAUAUUAUACUUCUAAACCAGUUCUAUUUGGAAUGUGUGCAGGGAAUGAGGCUUUUUAUGCUGCAUUGUAUUUGCUAUAUUUUACUGAAGGACCUUUAAUUGCCGGAUUAUCUUUAUUCAGAAUCAUUGCUUAUUUAAGUGCGCCAAUUGCUAUCACUAAAUCUUUUAUAUCUAUUGUACAUGGAGUGGUGGCCUGUGUCAAUUUGUCUAAGAUUGAUGUUGCAGAACGCAAAGAAUUGCUCAAAAAACAGUAAAUCAAUAGGUAAGUAAUUAUUAAAAGUGGUUUAAUAUAUUCUUUUCAUUAGUAGUAAUAUAUUAUAAAUCGAAAGUGUUCCAGUUUCAAGUGUCAAUUGUUUACAUUUUUAACAAAAAUAUUUCAAUUGUUAUUAUUACUUUUAAUUUUGUACUUA